AUGCGUCAGUUUGGGAGAUACGCAAUCGUGUUGGUACUGUUGUGCCUGUUGGUAGCUUCGAGCUUAGCGCAAACCUGUGGCGAACGGAAGGUGGCGAACUUUCUUAUUGUGAACGGUACGGAAUCGAAGGAUGGCUAUUGGCCCUGGCAUGUGGCCCUGUUUCACAACAAUGGUCGAGCAUUCCAUUACGCGUGCGGAGGAACCAUUCUGGAUCAUAAUAUAGUGUUAACGGCGGCUCACUGUUUGAUGACGGAGAAUGGUGUGAUGGCACGAGAGCGACUCGUAGUGCAAGUUGGGCGAAAUCGACUACGUUCUGCUGGCAACCGCGUACAGGAACAUGAAGCGUACCAGUUGAUCGUGCACCCGGAAUUUACCUCAAACAGCAACCGGCACGACAUCGCUCUGAUAAAGCUCGCAACCGACAUUACGUAUACCGACUAUAUCCAACCGAUUUGCUUGUGGAAUAGGGGUGAAGAUCAGCAUGCAAUCGUGGGCACGUGGGGAACGGUGAUCGGGUUCGGUGUCGAUGAGACCGGUAAUGUUUCCAACACACUGCGUGAAGCUACCAUUCCCGUCGUUAGACACAUCACCUGCAUCGAGAGUAACCGGAAAGCGUUUGCCUAUCACCUCACCUCGAAUAUGUUCUGCGCUGGCAGUCGUGAUGGGAUCGGUGCAUGUAACGGUGACAGCGGAGGGGGUAUGUUCUUCCAGUUCAAUGAUGUGUGGUUCGUUCGCGGUAUUGUGUCGUUUACCAAGCUUCGCCAAGAUGCGCCAUUGUGCGACACGAAGGAAUACACCGUGUUUACCGAUGUGGCGAUGUACUUGCACUGGAUCAAGCAACACAUGCGUGGAGCGGGUGGUCAACCGGUUGCGAUAGGGAAUAAUCGUAAAAUCGCGCUGCUUCCGAUGUCAACCUGUGGUGCUAAUCCGUAUGCCAGUCGAGAUGAAUCGUUGAAGCCUGUUCUGCUCGGCUAUCCUUGGGUGGCUCUGCUAGAAUACAGUGAGAGUGGGUCGGACGAAAAAAAGGUAUCAUCCGUACGUCUGGGAGAGUACGACAUGGACACUGGGACGGACUGUGCGGAGGUGGAUGGGAGCAUUGUAUGUUCUCCACCAGUUCAAUCACUACCCGUUGAGUCCGUAACCCAGCACAAGGACUACGAUAGAAUGCGUCUCGUGAAUGAUAUUGCGCUCAUUCGGGUGCGUGAUCGAGUGGACACUAGUCAGAGCAAUGUGAAACCGAUCUGUCUACCAGUGACGAACGAGCUGCGUAGCCAGAAGUCAACCCACUAUAUAGUGACCGGUUGGGAUGAGGAUUACACUGCUCGCCAGCUCAAAAGUUCCCAAUGGGAGUUGAUUGAGUCUACCGAAUGCCACAAAUUGAUAAACGACGAUUUUAGCUGGCUCGCAAUAACGACACGCCAAAUAUGUAUGCAACAGCAAAACGGCACAGAGUGCAAGCGGACAUUUUCAUCAGCACCACUACAGCUUGUGCAGCAAGUACUUGGGAAACAACGUUAUGUCCUGUAUGGCGUGUUGUUAUUCGGAUCGACCAGGUGUAAUUUGCGCUCCCCGUACGUGUUCACAAAUGUGGCCAGCUACAUGGAUUGGAUUCUAGAAAACAUUCAAGAGUAG